AUGUCUCUGACGGCGGAUCUGAGCUGCCUGCAGAGCAGCAGAGGAGCGGAGCGCGAGGCGGCUCUGGAGACGCUGGAGAAACAGCUGAUCUGCCCCAUCUGCCUCGAGCUGUUCAACAAACCCGUGGUCAUCCUGCCCUGCCAGCACAACCUCUGCAGGAAGUGUGCCAACGAGCUCUACCAGCCCUCCCUGUUCCAGCCUCGCACCACCAUGAUGGUGAACAGCGGCCGUUUCCGGUGUCCGUCCUGCAGACAUGAAGUGGUGCUGGACCGCCACGGAGUCUACGGCCUGCAACGAAACCUGCUGGUGGAGAACAUCAUCGACGUCUACAAACAGGAAGUCAGCAACAGCAAGAACGCCCCGAGCCCUCUACCUCUCCCUCCGUUCUCCGCUAAGGUGAAAUGUCCGGACCACGAAGGAGAGAAGAUGAACAUCUACUGUCUCACCUGCCAAGUUCCCACCUGCUCCCUCUGCAAAGUGUUCGGGGCUCAUCAGUCCUGUCAGGUGGCUCCUCUGACGGACAUCUACCAGCAGAAGAAGGAUGAGCUGAAUGAAGGACUCAGUUCUGUGGCGGCGUUCAACAAUAAAGUCCAGGCUCUGAUCGACGAGCUGGACGAGAGAUGCAGGAACGUAGAGGAAAACAGUGAGGCUCAGAAACAGAGAGUGUGUGACAAGUUCAGUCACAUGUUUUCCAUCCUGGAGGAGAAACGUAAGGCGAUGUCACAGCGAAUCACCUCGGAGGAGGAAGCGAAGACAAGCCACAUACAGGCGCUGGUGCGUUGCCAUGGAGACAACAUGGCGGCCAACAUCAAGCUGGUGGAGAGUGCAGUGAGCAGCAUGGAGGAGCCGGACAUGACUGUUUUUAUACAGAAUUCAAGAGAUCUGAUCAAAAAAGUAAUAACGGCGAACAGCGCCUCUCCUGCAGAGACGCUUAAACCAGGUUACGAGAAUAUGAGCCACUACACGUUUAACUUUAGCAGACAGGAGAGAGCAUUGAAGAGCGUUGACUUCAUCGAAGUUGAAGAAGCUGUUCCUGAUGAACCUGAGUCUGAACCAGAGCCAGAAGAACCUAAAGAAGUCUCUCUCCAGCACACAGAACCGGAUCUCCUUCAGGAAACCUCCAUCCAGAACCAGGACUCUGCCAAACAGCCGAUCCCAGCUCUGAUUUCUCCACCAGUGGAACCAGUACAGGCGGCUGCACCAGAACCAGAGCCAGUGACUCCAGAUCCGGUGAUGGUUCUGCAGCCGGUGACGGAUAACCUGGACUUUAAUGUAGAAGGAUCGGUUCAAGUGAAGGACAUGGUGGUGGAGGUUAGAAGAGAAGCAGAGGAAUGUGAAGCUGAACCAGUUAAAGAAGGAAACAUCUGUGAGCAGGAGGAAGGGAUGAGCACACAACAGGCUGUCACUCUUGUCUUCUACCUGCUGGCCUUCCUGGUCAUCCUGCAGAGGGUGUGGGCUUACAUCGGCUGCUUCAUUUGCACAUAACCCGAUCAGGAGACUCAUCCUUCCUCACUGCUGCACA